AUAAUGUAGCCCUUGUCCCCCAGACACAUUGUCUCCCUCCUCACUACACUCGCUGCCGGCCCCUGAUUGGUCAGACUCCGAGGGAGAAAUAUAAACAAACAGAACCAAGCGACUCCAGACGGAGAGGCAAUCGGAACCGACAGACCCAGCGCGAUCUGUAACCGAACCCUUCGGGGCAGACUGAGAGUAUCACUAAGGGCAGUAGCCCCACAGUAAGCGGAUCUGAGCUUCAGCACCAGCGGCGGACAGCUCCAGACUUGCGGGCACGUAGCCUAUGGCAGUGGUUCUGUAUCGCUCCUGCCCCUGCUCGGACACUGGCCGCCUGGCUCCCUAGUUAUUGCUAACCUAUAGGAACAGUAUGGGCGGCCGACUGAGUAGACAGAGUAGCCUGGAAGAUGAGACAGAAGAGGCGAUGGAUUCUGGGGCCCCAAGGGCGGACGCUUCCAGGGUGGAGUUUGCCCUCACGUCCCUGAUGCUGAGUUCAGAGCGCAUCCCCGGGGUGCUGAGGAGAAACAAGCCGGCUCCCUACGUGCGCAGAGCGGACUGGAUCCGGGACAUCCAAGCGCUGCUCCGGGACCACAAGCAGGAAAGAGCCCGGCAUGUCCUGAAACUGCUCCGUAAGGACCUGGGCCUGGAGGGGACAUUCCUCAAUGACAUCCUGUACAGACAUGUCACCUUCCUUAACCUGGUGGAUCCUAUCUCCCAUGAGCUGCUGCUCAGCCUGGCCAGAGAACUACAGUGUCCUAGAAAGGAUAAUGAGUCAGUGAAAUCCACAGACCGUAUUUGUCGCCAGCUUAUCUACCACCUGACACCUCACUCCAAGUGGCAUCGACAUAGCCUGCCUCAGAGAAAAAGCCUGACAAGCCUGAAGAACAGCCUACUGCAAAAGCUAAGCACUGAUACUCUUGAUCUCUCUGGAAUCCUACUUUCAUCCCGCGAUGCACAGCGUAUUGCUCUCUACUUGCAGAGCCAUGGAGACCACCUCACCAGCAUAGAUCUGAGCUUCACUGACCUUACUGAUGGCACUUUAUGCCUCAUUCUACCAGCUCUUUCUGCUUUGCCCAGUCUUACGCACCUUGCGCUUAAUGGAAAUCGACUGACUUGCAGCACUCUUAAGGAGCUCAGUGAAGCCAUGAAAGAUAGUAUCAACUUCCCCUGCUUGAGCUGGGUGGACUUGGGCAACAAUGUAGAUAUCUUUUCCAUGUCCCAACCUCUACUUCUUGGGUUAAGACGACGUCUGUGCCAACAGAAUCUUCUUCCCACAAUUCCUGAGGCUCAGGAUGGGGACAUUUCUGAGGGGGGCGUUCCUGUAUCUUUUCCAGAGCUGCCUUGGGACAGGUGACAUCUCUAAAUCCAGUGAUCACGAAGACAAAGAUUGACCUCACACACUAUCAAUCCCACCUCUUAAUUAAUCAGAGUGGGUCUCACCUUCACUGUACUAGUGGUUCUGUGUGCCCAGUUACAGAGGAGAAGUAUUAUAUACAGAUUGCCCACGUCCCCAUUCAUUUUCAUGACCCAGUGAUGUGAAAUCCAGCAAAAGAAGAGCAGCACAUAACAGUUCAACACCAGCCUCAUCACUGUGUUUCUGAUGCUUAAUCCGUGAACAAAGGGAGCCAGGAAUCAGUCAGAACUGCAUUGUCAGGAAAAUUUGGAAUGGUUGGCAAUUGGAUGACAUCAGUACAAACCCCUAGAUUCUGUUUGCAAAGAUCUUUGAUCAGCUACCCACAAACAAAUACAAGCAGUAUGAAUGAAUGGCGGGGUGCAGUAAAUCUACUGGCAUUAUCACAAGGUUUUUAUGUUUCCAAGAUAGGGGUAGGAUAUGUGGUUGGCUUAUUCACAUUUAAUAAUGCAGUGUAGUAAUUAAACUGUGCAUCUAUCAAAGGUUUCUAUAUAAUAUAAUAGGAUAACAAGAGCUACUAAAAACGUGUAUUCUGGUGAGAAAAAUCAGAGGUAGCACAGCUGGACUUUUUUUGGAAUUAGCAAAGCCAUAUUUCUGCAUUGCAGAUCCCUAUAAACAUGUAUGCACAUGUUCUAUUAAAUGCUGGAAGAGCCCUACAUUAUGGCUGUAGGUACAUUCUGUUCUUUUUAUCUGAAGCCUUCCCAAAUACAGUGUU